GAGGUGUUUUAUCAAAAACCGUUCAGUGGCUACGUGUCCGCAAAGCUGUCAACACAAGACAUGGCUGAAUACCGCGCAGGGAAAGCCGGCAUCAACGCCGAGGCUCAGGAGAGGAUAAACAGUAAAUACAACAAUGACAUAGCCCAUGAGACGUUAGAGUGGAUCAAGAAAAUCACCGGGGAACCGGAGAACACGUCCGGUGAUGCGGAGAAUCUUUACGAGGUGCUCAAAGAUGGUACCUUACUUUGUAAUCUAGUUAACAAAUUCCAAGAAGGCGCCGUCAAAAAAAUUAAUAAAUCCAACAUGGCUUUCAAGUGUAUGGAGAAUAUCAACGCUUUUCUUGAAGCCGUCGUCAAGUUGGGAGUUCCAUCCCAAGAGACAUUCCAGACGAUCGAUCUAUGGGAGAAGCAGAACCUUUACUCUGUAGUUGUAUGCCUGCAAUCAUUAGGCAGGAAAGCUGGAAAUUUCGGUCUACCGUCCAUGGGCCCAAAGGAAGCAGAGAAAAAUAUAAGAGAGUUCAGUGAAGAACAACUACGAGCUGGUCAGAAUGUAGUUUCCUUGCAGUACGGAACCAACAAAGGACAACAAUCCGGCAUCUCGUUCGGUAACAGGCGUCAGAUGUGAUUUAAUGAUGUUUCUAAAUAAAAAUAUAUAUAUUUUUUAAGAUUUUUAUACUUUGAUUAUUAUAUAAUUUUAAUAUUCCAACAAGGUGUGGUGGAGAUGGAUUAUAUACUUAUAAGAAUGCAUUGCAGCGAUUAGAUAACGUUUUAAUACUCGACGUAUUGUUCAGUAAUUAAAUGAAAGAUAUAAAAUUAUAUAA